AUGUCCCGGGCAACGGUUGCAAUGUUCAUAAACACACAACCAUUUACCAAUAUACGUCCUAGAACUCUCCUUUCUAGUCACACAUUUCGCACCUUGACAAAACCGGCACUUUCACGUCAGAAAUCUUUUAGAAUCGAGAGAACGGUGGCAGCUGGGACGAUUGAGACUAAGAUGGUCGCAGAUGGUGAUGAUAAACGUAUUAGUAGUCCCACGUCUUCUGCUUUGAAGCAAGAAACUUUGAUUGAUAAUGAUGUUUAUGCUUCAUUUCAUCAAAUUAGAGCUGGUGGGAUACAUGGUAGUUUUAAUAGUAUGAGUAAAUGGCUUGUUGGUGUAACCUUAGUCGGAUUGAUUGUUUUAAGACGUGAUGCUCUUGCAUUAUGGGGUGCAACUGGGUCUGUUUUGAAUUAUAUGCUGGCAAUAAUUUUGAAGCAGAUCGUGAAACAAGAACGACCUGUUCCUGGGGUGCAUUUGGGGCCCGGAAUGCCAUCAUCCCAUGGCCAGUCCAUCUUUUACGUGCUUGUGUUUGUGAUUUUAUCUGUGGUCGAAUGGCAAGGAUUAAAUGGUGUUACAGCUCUCUUUGGCAUGCUUGUUGUAGCCCUUAGUUCUUAUUUUUCAUGGCUACGAGUGUUCUUUACCUAUCACACUACCAGCCAAGUCGUUGUGGGUGCAAUUACGGGCUCUCUUUUUUCAGUUCUGUGGUUUUGGUCAUGGGAAGCAAUUAUUUACAAGUCAUAUAACUCCAAUUUGUGGGUACGAAUUAUUGUUGCUGUUGGAGCUGCUUCUUGUCUUUUAGAGCUAGUUACAAAAGGUUAUCAGGCAUUUGCAUUGGCCAAUAGAUAA